AUGCCGCUUAUCCAAGCUACGCGGUAUUAUGCAAACACCACCAAAAACCAGAAAACCGUCGAGUACACCGUCGACAAGUUCCCCGGUUACGUUCGUCACGAUCAUUUCAAAAAGCUUUCCAAAGAAGAUGUCGAGUUUUUUAAGUCGGUCGUAGGCGACAACGGUUAUAUCUAUAACAACGAAGACGAUCUGUUUCCUUUCAACACGGACUGGAUGAACAAGUUUCGCGGUAAAUCCCAGCUUGUGUUGAAACCCAAGACCACCCAGCAAGUGUCAGAUAUUCUCAAAUACUGCAACGAACAAAAACUUGCAGUGGUGCCUCAAGGCGGUAAUACCGGGUUAGUGGGUGGUUCUGUCCCUGUAUUCGAUGAAAUCGUUCUCAGCUUGCAAGCGAUGAACAAAAUUCGUGGGUUCGAUUCCGUAUCGGGUAUUCUUACUGCCGACGCUGGAUGUGUGUUGGAAGUCUUGGACAACUGGCUCGCCGAAAAGGGGUACAUGAUGCCACUGGAUUUGGGAGCCAAGGGAAGCUGUCAUAUUGGCGGUAAUAUUGCCACCAAUGCCGGCGGUCUUCGAUUACUGCGAUAUGGCUCGCUCCACGGCACCGUCCUCGGUCUGGAAGUGGUACUGGCGGACGGUACGGUGCUCGACAAUAUGUCGACUUUGCGCAAGGAUAACACAGGUUACGAUUUGAAGCAACUAUUCAUUGGUUCGGAGGGUACCAUUGGCGUAAUCACCGGGGUGUCCAUUUUGACCCCGCAUCGUUCAAAGGCGGUCAACGUGGCGAUGCUCGGCUUGAAUUCAUUCGAAGAUGUGCAGAAAGCGUUCAAACAAUCGCGCAGUGAACUCUCGGAGAUCUUGUCGGCUUUUGAAUUCUGGGAUAUCAAUGCACUUCAAAUGUUCAAGAAGCACGCCACUCCCAAAGCGGUCAUGGAACAAGAAUACCCCUUCUAUGUGCUCAUUGAAACUAGUGGGUCCAAUAAGGACCAUGACGACGAGAAAUUGACGAAUUAUCUUGAAAAAAUGAUGACCGAUGGGGUUGCACAAGAUGGUGUGGUUGCGCAAGACGAAACCCAAAUUCGUAGCCUGUGGAGUCUGCGUGAGGGCUUCACGGAAGCCAUGGGCAAGGAACCGGCCGUAUACAAAUACGAUAUUUCCAUGCCCGUGAACAAGAUUUAUGAAUGUGUCCAAGACAUGCGUCAGCAUCUCAAGGAUGGUGGCGUCUAUGGCCAGGAAGACUCUCCUGUCACGGACGUGGUCGCUUAUGGCCAUGUGGGUGAUGGUAAUCUCCACCUCAACAUUGCUGCCAAACGUCUUGACCCAAAGACGUCGUCCCUGAUAGAACCCUAUCUCUUUGAAUGGGUUGCCAAACAUCAGGGAUCGAUUAGCGCUGAGCAUGGUUUGGGUGUGGCCAAGAAUGAGUUCUUGGGAUACUCCAAGUCACCAGUCAUGAUUCAAUUGAUGAAGACGACGAAGAACAUGCUGGAUCCGAACCAUAUUCUCAAUCCAUACAAGGUAAUUUCGAAUUUUUAA